ACUUAUCUUUCUGUUAUUAAUUAUCUGCCAUCACUUUCAAUUAAAAAACGAGGCAAGGUUGAUUAAUUGUCAACAAUAUCUUGGAAUUCAAAACAGGAAAGAAGCAGUUAUGUUCAUAGCAAAAGGAUUUGAGUAUAGGAGCAGGGAGGUCCUACUGCAGUUGUACAGGGUAUUGGUGAGACCACAUCUGGAGUAUUGUGUACAGUUUUGGUCUCCAAAUCUGAGGAAAGACAUUCUUGCCAUAGAGGGAAUCCAGAGAAGGUUCACCAGACUGAUUGCUGGGAUGUCAGGACUUUCAUAUGAAGAAAGACUGGAUAGACUCAGCUUGUACUCGCUAGAAUUUAGAAGAUUGAGGGGGGAUCUUAUAGAAACUUACACAAUUCUUAGGGGUUUGGACGGGCUAGAUGCAGGAAGAUUGUUCCCGAUGUUGGGGAAGUCCAGGACAAGGGGUCACAGAUUAAGGAUAAAGGGGAAAUCCUUUAGGACCGAGAUGAGAAAGACAUUUUACACACAGAGAGUAGUGAGUCUCUGGAACUCUCUGCCACAGAAGGUAGUUGAGGCCAGUUCAUUGGCUAUAUUUAAGAGGGAGUUAGAUGUGGCCCUUGUGGCUAAAGGGAUCAGGGGGUAUGGAGAGAAGGCAGGUACAGGAUACUGAGUUGGAUGAUCAGCCAUGAUCAUAUUGAAUGGUGGUGCAGGCUCGAAGGGCCGAAUGGCCUACUCCCGCACCUAUUUUCUAUGUUUCUACGUCGAUAACUGAAUUGUUAUAUAAACAGUUUGUAUAUUACCUGGAAUAAAAGACUAAUUUGAAGACAGCAAUCGGAUAUUACAGAAUGUUAUCUCUUAUACAAUUUAUAACACAUGCCCCCCAAAAUAGGUGAAACAACAGUAACCAUCGAGAGGGGAACAUGGGGAGUGGGGUAGAAAGUGAGAGAGACUGGGGGUUGACUCAAUUCCCGGAAGCUUACUUUGAACCCCUAUGAUGCAGCUGUAAACGAUCCGAUCAGACCUGGCCGUGAAAUUGAACCCUGUAAUGUUUACAACACUCCAUUCAAUUCAGUUCACGCAACAACAACAAAAAUGAAAACCCUGAACGAAUGGAGGAGGGUGAACAUAAUGAGAAUUAAACUGCAGGUCGCGCAUUCAAUUUCACAAUGGUAAUUCCCUGGAAAGGGAACCCGUCCCACGUGACACCAGAAGCAGGAUGUGGUUUUGAAUGAAUGCUUUUGUGCACCUGAAGUGGAUCGUUCAUUCGGAGCUUCAUGUGAUCCACCAGCGAAGAACAAGGCAGCCCGCUGGCGUUGGCACUGCUCCUGCUCCCAGCCCUAACAGGUCUUCCCAGCUAUUUCCUGUAUCACGGCAUCUCUGAUAAGUCUAUUAUCGACCGCCUUUUAAUUAACAUCCUUGCACAGAAUAGGCAUUUCUAGAUUUGGGUUGCCGGUGAAAUUCCCUCAAGGGAAAGAUGGGUUAAAAAAAUCCCAUUACGUCAAAUUUAAAGGCUGUUUAAUGGAUCACAGUGUUUACAGAAUGCUAUCAAUGAAGUGAAAGCAUUCUGCCACCUUGCUACGCGAAUUGUAUGUGGCUACACUGAUGGUUUAAAUGAUUACUUUCAGAAUAGACAAUAGGAUAGAAAUUGUGCAAUUAAAACGACGCGUUAAUUGAAUCAGACCACCCACUCUCACUCCCCUCAAUGCAAACCCCCUCCUCACCGAUACCCCUCCCUCUCGCUCUCCCACAUACACACACAGCCCCCGCAACUGUAAUUUAUUAGUCCCGAGUUCUGUCAGAUCCGCGCUGGGCAUUAGAUGUCUUCGUAAGAGUGACGCUGUCACAUUUCACCCCAUGAACUGAUGUGUGGCAUCUUUUGAAUUCCUACGUUCAAUCCAACACUGGGUAAAAAUACCGUGCGGUUUGCACACCCGCCUGGACCGACAGACUGCCCACGGGUCGGAUGUUGCCGUCUAAGGAAGAACAGAAGAAAAUGCAGAAGGAGUAAUUGAUGAAGAAAUCGGUUUGAAAAAAAAGGAAGCAGCAGCGGGCUGGCGUUUUUUUUGAUAGCUUUCGAAAUCGCGAAGCCUUGUGGAGCAGGGUGUGUGCAUGUGUGUGUGUGUGUAUGUGUAUGUGUGUGUGUGAGGCUGCGGCGCCCCGUAGCACACAGCACAUCCCCAGUCGGAAGAGCAGCUGGAUUGCUAUUGUCAUCUCGGACCAGCUGAGAUAAAGCAGCUGCGGCAUCGUCCCUGGGAUAGAAGCAGCAGACCCGCGCCGAGCCCAUACAGCCACCCAUCUCCCGGCGUCAGCAGCCCCUCACCGUCUCCCAGUCGCACCAAACUGGGGACUCUGACCUUGGGCUGGCAAGCGGCACUGUUCGCAGGUUUGCUUUUUACUGGAAAAGGGGCGACGACAAAAAGGAAGCCAAACAUUUCUCUCUCUGUUUACACUUCAUGGGGAUGUGUUCAAGGCAGGAGCGGAUACAGACAGACAUAGACAGCGUACUCCAGAGGUGCAAGGCGGACAAGGACUGCCUGUUUUCCGAUUUCAGAUAUUCCGAUUCCACGUUCACCUAUACAUACACAAGAGGCUCGAAGAGGGUGUCUUAUUCUGUUCACGUCUCCGAGGAUUAUCCAGAUAAUACAUAUGUGUCAAAUUCAGAGAAUGAUGAUGAUGUGCUAGUCACAAGGGAUCCCAUUCCAGUCAUUUUCCAAAGAAUAGCAACAGAAUUGAGGUUCAGUAAUGAUGCCACGAGUUGCCUGUCUAUCAGAGCCAAACUGCACAAUGAGAGGUGCCAGGAGACCAGGCAUACUUGCACAAUAGAAGAGGAUUCCGAAGGGGACAAUGAUUCCGAAGAAUUUUAUUAUGUAGGCCAGGGAAAUUAUGACGGUGAACUUCAUAAGCAUCCACAGCUUGAAGCUGACCUGGCAGCCGUGCGAGAGAUCUAUGGACCUGGUGCAGUAUCCCUCAGGGAAUAUGGAGCAAUUGAUGAUGUGGACAUCGACCUGCACAUCGAUGUCAGCUUUCUCGAUGAGGAGAUUGCUAUUGCAUGGGAUGUUAUUCGCACAGAACCUGUGAUCGUGCGACUGCAUUGCUCUCUCACGCAGUAUUUAAAUGGCCCAGUUCCAACAGUUGAUGUUUUCCAAACAUCGACGAAGGAUCGAUUUGGAUUGGGGCAUCAAUUGAAAAAAAUUAUGCAGACAUUUGUUACACACCAGUGGAAGCAGAACAGCAAGGAGAAACUCAACUGCCCACACGGCAAAAAAAUUAGUGAGAAGAAGGUGAAAUCACCGCUGCACAUAUUUUCAUCUUUGCGCAGGUUUACUUUGGAAAGGAGAUGUCAAAUAAACUCAACAGUUCUGGACGACCACCCAACACCUAGAGCUCUGAGGUCGCCAAGUUAUCCUCCGCCUGGAUGUGGCAAAAGCAAAUCAAAACUGAAACCAGAGCAAGAUGGAAUUCCCAAAUCUCAGAAACUGCUCAAGAGGAACUGUUCCAAUUCUGCAAAAGUGGAAGAUGGUUGUGAUUCCAAACCUCACAAACCUAUUGGCCGUUCAUUUUCCAGUGAUCCCAGAACUGAUCAGACUAAUUCGUCAAAGCCACAUAAACUUUUAAGUCGAUCAUGUUCUGCCACCAUGAGGCUGGAUGAAAACCUUCCUUUGAAGUCCCACAAAUUACUGAGCAGGACAUGUUCUGGUGACACCAGAUGCGAGCACAACAGUGCACCAAAACCACAUAAACUGCUGAGCAAGUCUUGUUCCAGCACUCUGAAGACAGAGGACACAGAUGGACUGAAACACCACAAACUGCUGAGCAGAUCUUACUCCAGCAAUGCCAAAGUGGGUAAGACAGAGCUGUGCAAAGAGCCCACUUCUGAGGGUAGAAGACUCUCACUUACCUCAGGUCUCAUUGGCAUUUUAGCACCUUCCUCUUCAUCACAGCCCACAUCUGGCUUUAAUGUGAAAACACUAGUAUCAAGGGAGCAUGGAUUUCUCGUGCAGACAAUUGAAUACGCAGAGCAGCGCAUACCGGUCCUCAACGAAUACUGUGUCGUGUGUGAUGAGCCUCAUGUCUUUCAGAAUGGACCAAUGCUACGGCCCACAGUUUGUGAACGGGAGCUGUGCGUUUUUGCCUUCCAGACUUUGGGAGUAAUGAAUGAAGCUGCAGAUGAAAUAGCAACAGGAGCCCAGGUGGUGGAUUUAUUGGUGUCCAUGUGCCGAUCUGCUUUGGAGUCUCCAAGAAAAGUGGUCAUUUUUGAGCCAUAUCCAUCUGUGAUGGACCCUCUUGAUCAUCGGAGCUUGGCAUUUAACCCAAGGAAAAAAGACUAUGAACGAUUAGUUAAAGCACUGGACAGCAUAACAUCCAUCAGGGAAAUGACCCAGGCACCAUACUUGGAAAUUAAGAAGCAGAUGGACAAGCAGGAUCCGCUGGCGCAUCCCCUGUUACAAUGGAUUAUUUCCAGUAACAGAUCGCAUAUUGUAAAAUUGCCUGUAAAUAGGCAACUAAAGUUCAUGCACACGCCACACCAGUUCCUGCUCCUCAGCAGUCCACCGGCCAAAGAAUCCAAUUUCAGGGCAGCAAAGAAACUUUAUGGGAGCACUUUUGCAUUUCACGGCUCACAUAUAGAGAACUGGCACUCCAUUUUAAGGAAUGGUUUGAUUGUUGCAUCUAACACACGAUUACAGCUACAUGGAGCAGUGUAUGGGAAUGGUAUUUAUCUUAGUCCAUUGUCAAGUAUUUCUUUUGGUUACUCAGGGAUGAAUAAAAAGCAGCAGAAGGUGGCAACCAAGGAUGAACAGCCUUCAAACAAUAAAGCAGCCACUUUGCAGUCACAGAAAAAAGGACAGCAACCCCAGUUUUUGCAGAGUCGUAACCUGAAGUGUAUAGCCUUAUGUGAAGUGAUUACUUCACCAGAUUUGCACAAACACGGCGAAAUUUGGGUAGUUCCGCAAACAGAUCACGUCUGCACAAGAUUCUUCUUUGUAUAUGAAGAUGGCCAAGUGGGUGAUAUCAGUACAAAUACACAGGAUGCCAGCAUUCAUAAAGAAAUUCUUCGGGUCAUUGGAAACCAGACAGCUACAGGUUAAACGAAUCACACAUCAUCACUGACUGGAUCAGAAUGCCUUUUCUGGCUUUUAAGCUGCAGUGCAGUUUUGAACUAAAAUAUUAACCACCUAAUUUCAAAUGCACACAAUGUUAAGAUUUAAAUAACGCACUUUAAUUUCAAGAUUUCUUAUUUGAACCUUACAUAUUAGCAAUGCCAAGUCCGAAGUAUUGUCAGACAUCAAGUUGGCAUUGUUGCAGUAGGUUUUCCUGGAAAAUUUGUACAGUAUUAUGUAUUGGCCCUGAUUUUUAUUCAGCUUUGGCAAUGGUGGAAGAUUGAGAGUGUGAUUGUGCGUUGCGACUGGGUUAUACUCGGUGCUGAUUAGUUAAGCUGUGAAUCUUGGCAAAGUGUAGAACUGUGUAGAAUCUGCAAUGCGUGAUACAUAUGGGAUUGUGCCCCAUAGUGUCUUAAGAUGCCAUGAAGGAAUUCUGAGGAGGAAAGCUCUGCCUCAGGCAUCAGUGGAAUCAAGGGACUGUUUCCUUCCAGGUUCAUCAAUUGUUCCUCUUUACUCAAGAAAUACUGCAGAGUUUUAGGAAUGGUGAUAUAAUCCUGUCCCAUUAAGAACAGGAAUUGUUUUUAAAGAUCAAGUCAGUUUGUCCUAUACCAGCCAAACCAUCAUUUUAUUUAUGUUUUGAAAAAGAUAAUUGUGAAGACAAAAAUAAAUAUUUUAAAAAAUACUGCCUGGGGUGCUUUGAUUGCAGGCCUUAAUGAAGAACCCAAACCCCUUAUCCUUCCAAUGCGCCAUGAUAAUGCCAACUUUUUAUAUAACAAAGAGCCUUUUUUUUAAAAACUCUUGGUGGUGAUGGAUAUUGGUGCUGGCAGCCGCUACAAAUUCCUUUUAGACCAGAAUAAAAAUAAUAUGAAUAUCAGAGCCUUGAAAAAUGGUACAUUGAAAUGUACAUUUUUUUAAAUAGAGGAGUAGUGCAGGAUUUUAGCGUAUUGAGACAAUAAAGGGCAGUAAUUUUGAUAAUUUGGACAGGUCCUAAAAUAGAAUACCAUUCUUUUCUAUAAAAAGGGCACAUUUACGUUUAAAAUUAGGAUUGGUCUUCAAUGUUAUAAGUAAGUCACUCUACCACUGCGCAUUGGACCUGGUUGAAUUUUUUUUUCUUUACAGACAGCAUCUAAUUUCUGGAUAGAAUGUAUCCAUUCAAGAAAACAGUUAUACUUAAACCUUUUAAUUCUUUCCAAUUUCAACUCUCUACCAAUAAGAUUUCUAUGUGAAGGGUUGUUAGAUAUUGAUAUCUUAUUUUAAAGAAAGGUUUUUAAUAAAAAAUGUUGAUCCAAUAUUAUACAGUCUUUGCAUAAAGCAAUUGGAAGUGACCACAUGAAAUUAAACUGCUAGUGUCAUCUUUACAAAAUACUUGUCUAUUUAUUGGGAAAUUUAAAGUUUCAAUUAAUGUUAGUAAUAUUGUGGGGUUUUUUUCAUUUACAGCACAAUCCUCUCUACAAAGAUAAAAUAAUUUAUGCUCAAAUUCAUUUCAACCUUUUGAAAUACCUGUAGCUUAAAAAGUUUUUUUUUUUUAAUGUCACUUGGUAAAUUGUGGAUGUCCACUUUGGAGAAAGUUAUACAGACUACGUAUGUUACAAAUGUGCAGAUAAGGAAGCAGUAGCCCAAACAUAGCAUUGCAAUAUCUGUACUCUUUAUAAAGCUCUUGAAAGUUACAGACUUAAUCUAGAUUCAAGCACAAACCACUUUACAAUGCCUACUCCACUCUUCUGUAUCAGAUAUAAUUACAAUUAGCAUUCAAUUUGAAGCUCUUUAAUUGCAAAGAGUUUAGAAUUGCAACUCUUCAGAAAGGUCAACCUGAUUCAUUCCUUGCUCUCUCGCAUUAUGUUGGUGGUACUGAUUUCAGCUUAAAUAAUAAUAAAAAAUUAUAAUAUCAGGUAUGAAAAAAGUUUACAGAUCAAACUUUCUUUGGACUUGUUUGAAAUAUAGAAAUCACAUCUUUUGAAUUAUGCUGUACAUCAAUAUUGUACACUAUCAUAAUAUUUCUUAUGUAUAAGUUAAAAUAAUCAUUUCGGUAACACAUUUCAGUGAAAGAUGCAGUUUGUAAGCACGUUUGUAACAAGGUGUGCAAUGUGAACUAAUUCAAAAUAAGUACCAAGAUUUUCAACAUAUUUUCUAUUUAUAUUUACUUGACAAAUUUGUGAAGGUUUUGACAAAACCUCCCAUUUUUGUCUUUUGAUGUGACAUCACACCAGUUCACUCUUAUGAAGUAUAGUUUAUACUGUUCUUUUAAAUUACAUUUCUGUUCUGCAUUUUAUCACAUGUUGCUUCUUUCACCAAAUCACUUUGUUCAUACUUUCCUCAACUUAUUUCUACUGUAAUAUCAAAUCACAACAGGUUCUUAGUCAGGAUUUGAGGUUUACUAUUAAGGUAACCAGCAUUCUAUUUUUAAAUUUAUUCAUGCAAAUAACCCAAGGACGCACAGGUUUAUAUUGUAAAGGUUGUAAAGUAUUGCGUUUUACUAUUUGUAAUUUACAUUAUUUGGAAUAAACUCCAAUUCUAGAUCAAAAUAAAUUCAAGAUCAAUGGAAAUGAAAAUUAGGCAGGGUGUAUAAUGGGAGCUUAAUUGUUUUGUGGUACAAUGACAACAGCCCUCCAUCCUGCCAUCAAAAUGAACCAUAAUCGUCUCCUUGUGUUUUAAUCAGCAUUUAUUCCUCUUACCCCCAAAUUAUGACAAAAUAUUGGUUCUAAUAUGGAGUAGCACGAGCGGAUAAUGUGUAUUUUCAUUUCACCGAGCAUCAUGUCUUUGACUAGGAUAUCUGUACCUUCACGGUAAUAAUAAAUUGGUCACAUUUAUUUGAAAGUAUAUAUUUUUAACCAUUGAAAUAAAUGGUGAAAAUGAUUGUCCUGACUGAUGUAAAUCACAAUUAUCAGCAGACCAUGUUUGAUACUUGAGCCAUUCAAAAUAAGGCACGUGGGAUAUGUUCACCUGCUCUAAUAUUUCUAAUAACAUUGUCCAGUAUAGCAGCAGAGCCCAUAUUGACACACUAAAAUACCUUUCUUUAUGGUUGUAAAAGACCUUUAAGUUAUGAGCACCACAUUUGUGAAUGGGUAAUGGUGGUCUUUUGCAAGCAAAGCACAAACUGAUGCAUUGGCAAUGGUUGAUUGCAUAAAUUAUUAAAGAGAUGUCUUUUGAGAUGGGUUUUGGAAUGUGUUAUGCAAUUUAGGUUUGCUGUAAGAAUAAUUUUAAUAAUACCUGCUAUUGUAGGCCCAGCAUUUGAGCACAUUCUCUUGGAAUGCUCUAUUAUUGGUGGCACCAUCAAUCAGAAGGUUUCAAAUGAUGGCUUCAUUUGCCACUCCUUUACAUGCAAAUCGAUGCAAAACAUUUGAUAUUAUAAGAAAAGUCAUAAUUCCUCCCUGCACGGGAGAAAGCAGCCAUCCCUCUAAAAAACACUGUCAAAGCACAUUGAGUCUAACAAUGCUGGGUGUGAUGUGCAGUAUCAAUCAGAACCACCAACAUUAGUCAUUCAAACUGAAGUAAGUACCAAGGCGCACAUGCUUUGAAAUGCAGAAAUCUGGGACCGACGGAGAAACCAGCCAAUCAGCCUGCCUCAAUCAGCCUGGACUCCACAGGGAGCAUAUUCGUGGGGUCCACAGACCUGGCAAUGGCUCAGAAACCCCACUGAUUUCAUUGCAGAGAAUAGAAUUAGGAUGUCAGACAUUCUUAAACUAUUCAUGUGACUCACCUACUUUACAUCAGAAAAACUCUGCCCCCAUCUUUGUCAACCAUCAGGGCCAUUGCUUGGCACGAUGCCACUCUUCCUGGGCACCAUCUGGAUCAUUGGGCUAAACUCGAGGGCGCAGGUGGCCAUCAGGAACCACGGGCAGCAAUUAAAGUUCAGCACAAUUCAACCCACCAACUCAUUGAUUUAACUUACCAUGAGUGGAAUGCCUGUCCUUGGAUAGGCUGCCAACCUUGCUUAUAUUAUUUUGGUUGAGUUUCAAAAGAAUUAUAUAUUGUAGAUAUAAUAAGCCCACAUAAAUGCAUUAAGGUUUUAUAAAACUGCCUCAUUACAGAAUCACGGAGCACAGAAGCAGGACCUGCAGCACACUAUGUCCAUGCCAACCAUGAUGAAAUCUACACAAAUCCCAUUUUACCCCUCACAUCUCCCCGAAUUCUUCCCUUUCCCCCUCACCAGACCUAUUCUACACCAAGGGCAAUUUACAGGGCCAAUUAACCAACCAAGCCACAUGCCUUCAGGAUGGGGGAGGAUACUGGUACACCCAAGGGAAACAGUAAUGAAUACAUGCAGACUGCACAUAUAGAGCAUCCAUGUUCACGAUCAAAACUUGGUCUCUAAUCACUACCUGUAAGAAGGAACUGCAGAUGCUGGUUUAUACUGAAGAUAGACGCAAAAUGCUGGAGUUACUCCAGCAUUAUGUAUCUAUCUUCGGUCUCUAACCACAAUGCCAACCAUAUUGACAACUCUCUAUGCAUUUCAUGUCAUGAUCUCUUUCUUAAUAUAAGCCGGCCUUAAUCUUAGAAGUAGAUAACUUUGAUUGUAAAAUCCUCAUGUUUUGCUGGGUGUGGUUGUGCACAAUAUUCCUACAUGUUGUAAUUGGAAAAUGCACGCAAAAACUACUGGGAUUUCUGUGACUGUCACUUCACAUAUUAUAUGACAGGGCUAUGUUCCUCAUUAGGAGCAGUCAAAAGUAAUAUGAAAUGUUCCCCAUGGAUGGUGAGUUCACAAACACAUGAUGGGAGAAGUCACAGGAAAUUAGGUUUCCCUGUUCCAUUGCACGUGCCUCCAGGCAUAAUGCAUUUCAAAGAUCUACAUUUGCUUGUGCCAACUCUAUUGGGUCCAAAAUCAAGGGUAGAAUGAUUGUAGGGAAAACCUUUUUUCUUCUCCCAUUUUAUUUUUCCACAACUAUUUUGACAUUUACAAGUAUGUUGAGCCUCUGGCGGAAAGCUCAGAAUCGAUACAAUUUCCUAUUUUCCAUUAAAAAUCUGAGACCAGAUUUGCAUCUGCUCCAAUCUAAGUCACGCAAGUCACAGAAUUUGUAAUUUGAUGGGAAAAACUCCAAGGCUGUCCUGGGUUGUCUGAACUACAGUUAAUGAAGCACCUCAGCUGCUAGUGAUUCCACACCCAGGGACAUUUUUGUGGCAGGGAGGGUGGGUCAAUGCCUGAAUACAUUGGCCUAUGGUACUUUGCCUCAAAUUGCAAAUAGAUAUUUCUUGCCGCCAUUUUGUUUCUUAGAGCCACUUUUAAAGACCAAUUGUUGUGUUUUGAAAUAUUGCUGGGAAAUCUUGGACAUUCCUUCCCAUCCAGACUGAGCAGAUUGCACUGGUUUGCUUAUUUUUCUGGGUGCCCAAGAUUCUAUCCCAAUACAAUACAAUACCGUUUAUUGUCAUUUGAAGUUCAAACAAAAGUUGGUUUCGGCAGUCAUACAACAAGAAAAGAACAAAGACACACACCAACACAAUUUACACAAACAUCCAUCGCAGUGAAUCUCCUCCUCACUGUGAUGGAAGGCAAAGUCUUAUCUCUCCCAUGUGCACAGCUGUACUUCUGUCACAGUCAUGAUCUGUAAACUGAAUGGAAAAGUGUGUACUAUAGCAUGCACCCUCUGUGCAUGAAAUAGUAGCCUCUGGUGGACGGGGAAAAAUGUUUCAUCCAACAGAUGUGCCGGAAAGAUUGCUUUCCAUAGCCAUGUUUUGUUUGUUUCACUUGUCCUCUACACUGCAUGAGCAAUCUGAUAACUGUAAUUGCAAUGUAAGAGUUUAAGGAUAUGUAUUUGGCCUACACACAGUGUUCCAUUACAUUAUACUGUAGAGCACUGUCUGAUUAAAUGUUUUGCAUGAGCAAGGCAGGACAUCGUAUUUAAAGUAUAUAUUUAUGGUAUUGUUGCUAAGAAAAUAUAUUUUUUCAAAAACAAUUGAAUUUAAUGAUGUACAAUGUCAAAUUAUUAUCACUAAAAUUAUAAUUCUCAUUUUAUCAGUUGAGUGUUCUAUUGUACUAGUUUUAGCUCCCAUGGGUCUGCUUUCCCUCUGGUAUUAUGGCAUGGUGUUAAGGGUGUGUUGUUCAAAUGAAUAGUGUGUUCGAAGAGUAGAUCUUGCAUCAGCUAAUCAUCAGGACUGUCUUUCUGUCUCAGCUUUACUGAAGUUUGGUAAUUUAAUUCUUUAUGAAAUGGUGAAAGGCUGCUGUUGCAAAAUAGGGACUGGAUGCACUUCCACUAUUUGCAUAUCAGUCUGUUGCUUUAAAUGGUUUUUGUAAUUAAAUCAAAAUCAUUUGGGGGGAUGAAAACUGUUUUUUGGCAGAAGCGCAAAGUAAUUUAUAACAAAUUGGUAGCCAGUUGUAAACCCUGCGCUAUUUUCUUUUCCAUUGUGGAGUCAGGAAGGAGAUUAAAUUCUGCUGAACUGUUCAUAAGAUCAUGUGAUAGGAGCAGGAUUAGACCACUCGGCCCAUUAAGUCCACACUGCUAUUGAAUCAUGGCUGAUCUAUCCCUCCUAACCCCAUUCUCCUGCCUUCUCCCCAUAACCACUGGAACUCUUACCAACUGUUAACACACAGUUCUGCACAAUUGCCAAACUAGAGUUUUAUCCCCUAUUAUCUAAGUCUUGAUCUAACUGAAUGGUGGUACUGGUUCAAAUAACUGAAUGGCCUAAUACUGUUCCGGUCAUUAAAUGAGCCAUACUCACUCAUGAUGUUCAAAACAAUCCAAUCUUUUACUUAUCAAUGAAUUAUCCAAUGGGUGUGGCAUGUGCUCAGGAACAUACUACAGUUGCAUAUAAAAAAUCGGACUGGAAGCUGCCAUGCUAUGAAUAAUAUAAAAGAUAGCUGUUUGUAAAAAGAGAAAGGGAAGGACCUGAAUAUUGUGUGCUAAGUUUGGGUUUAUUUGCAUUUGAAGUUAAUAUAAUUCCCACAUUGAUAAUGCCAUACGAAAGGACACAACUAAUUUCAAGUGGUCUAAAUGAAAAUUCAAUCGGAAAAACCAUCAGAGAAUCUUGCAAACAUUUUUAAUAUUAACUAUCUUGCCCUUUUAAUUGCAGGGAAUGGACACUGUGGUAAUUAAUUCACGUAAAAAAAGGAAAAUGUCCUACAGCUAAACCUGCUUAGAAAAUUAUUCUGACUAAGAACUCAACCUUGUUUUAUUUUUGUCAAUUAUUUUAAAAUUUUUGAUAUUUUAACUGUAAGAUGUUUGUACAAGGUUUUGAAAUGAACCAAUGGUGGUUAUCAACCAUAAAAGAGGGGCAUGUUGAACUUCAAGCCCCUUUAUUAAAAGUUUAAAGAUGUACAUGAAAUGGGAACCCAUCUUUCUAUCAUUUAGAUUCCUAUCAACUGCCAUCUUUAGAGAUGAAAUAGGCCUUUGGUAGACACAUCAAUUGAGUGACCAGCUCGUUUAUACCAUAUAAAAAGUCAAAUGCCGAAAAUAUCCAUCACUUCAGGCAGGAUCUGUGAAGCAGGAAACUGGAUUAGCAAUGUUUCAGAAACCUCUGCUGAAAAUGCAUUAAACUAAAAAAGUCAACUGGUUCUCCUUCUACAAAUGCUGCCUCAUCAGCCAAGUAUUUCCAACAGUAUACUGUUUAUUUCAGAUUUCCAGGCCCACUUCUUCCAUUCAUUUGCAUUUGUGUAAAAUAGUUUUGAUUUGCCUUCACCCACUGUGCACCACUACCAAAGACCUGUUUCACUCCCCCUUUUCCUCUCAUGAUUUCAGCUCACUUGUUAAUUGACCGGCAUUCAACCAGAACAGACACAAAUAGUGACAUUGCUGUAUAAGACAAUUAGUCGAGCUGUAAACCAGACUGCUGAAUCACAGCAGCUUUUAUGAGCUGUCACCAUCAACCAUUUUCAUCACCACUUUAUUCUCAACCCAGUUAUUUUGUCCUUUUUAUGCUUUUAUUUAAAAAUUGAUGCAAAAUUUUCAUCACACAACAAUGUUGAGCAGCUGUCAUAAACAGAUGUAAUUGUAAUUCAGUACCUUAGCUUUCAGUGCCUUAGAAAUAUAAGAUACUGUAAACAAUGACAUUAAUGUACAUGAUGUAAAUAUCGCCAAAAAAUACAGAGGCCAAAUAUUUUCUGUACCUGGUUCACAUUGCUUUUCAUUAGAAUUGUAGCUCCUCUUGCUGUCUGAAUUUCCUCAAUUUGGGAUUUUGUUUGCUGUUUGAUCAGUUCAUGAACUGUUUUGAUCAAUCAUUGAUGUAAAUGCUUCAUUAAAAAGGUAAUCAAUUCUUUCUGGUGAGUUU